AUGGGUCUCCCAACUUUCUCUAUCAUCUUUGCCUUUGUCGCUGUAGCGCAAGUUGCAUCAAAGACAUCGAUUUACAUCAACCAAUUACCAAUCUACUCCUCCCUGGCGCCAUGUGCAGAGAACCGUCUUUCUGUGGUAGUUCGUGACAUGUCCUCGGGCUGUGGCGAUGGCAAUCAGCUCACAAGCUUUACCUGUUUUUGCUUUGACAGUUCAACGUUAGUAACCUCAUUUAACCUUGCUGUAAAUCUUGUAUCAAGCUAGCCAAACUAUAAGAUACAUGUCCAGCGUAAUUUCCACUGCAGUACAAGAAUACUGUGCGAUAAGUGGAACAGUGAAAGCAACAACAACAACAACAAAUGGAAGAGAUUCAGGGAGCACCGCAGCAGAAGCAAGCCGCACAACACCAGCCCCGGAAGUUGAAGCUAUCAAUGUCUUCAACAGCUACUGCGAGCGAAGCACAGAGCUAUAUUUAUGUAUGCCCCUCUUCUUACUCAGCGUCUUUGCCGUUUCUAAUAUCUGUGCAGACCAAGAGAAAAGUGCUUCUACAAUCACUACAGCAUCAUUAUCAACCCUUAUAAUCACUGCAGCACCCUCCUUCACCUCUAGUGCUUCUAUAGAGAUGGCUUCUACCACACCCUCCCAAAAUAAACUGUCGGUCCCACUAGCGGCCAUUGUUGCUCCUGUCGUGGUUGGCGUUCUUGCCAUCGCUGGCAUUAUCGCGAGUUUGAUAUUUUGGAAAAAGAAGAAGGGCGUGCAUAAUUCGUCGGCUGAAAUACCAAAUGAAGAACUUGAAUGGAAAAUGCCUGAGAACAGACCCGGACUGUACGCUAACCAGGGGCAGGAGGGGGUUGAGGGUAGACAUGAAGUGGCAACCCCGCCGUAUGAAGCCAGUGGAGAUAGUAUCAGGUAUGAAUUAAAUAGUCAUAAUACGCGGGCUGAGUUGGGAGAUAUGAGGUGACGAACGGCUCUUGUCGGAAGAAUUGGCAACAUCGAUGUGGGUUUUGCAAGGAGAAAGAUGAACAUCGGAGCCAGUCCUGUCUGA